UUGUCUCUGUUUGUCAGGAGGAAGGAGGUGUUUGGUGUUGAUGACAGUGUGUCUCGGGCUCAUGUGUGUUCUUCUGCUGGUCUUCAUCACACUGUACAUCACCAUCACAGCAGAGAGAGACAUGUUAAAGAGUUAUAAGAACACAGUUGAAGAGUUCAAUCAGACUAUCAACAGCUUACAGGACAAUAACACUGAUCUAAUGACUGAGAAAGACCAACUGAAGAACAACUUCAACUCUUUGAGUCGGAUGAAACUGGAGCUGGAGACCAGAGUCAAUGAUCUUAGUGCUGAGAAAAGUCAGUUACAGAGAAGUUUUGACUCUUUGAGUCAGAAGAAACUGGAGUUAGAGACUGAACUAAGGAGGUUAUCUACACAAGGAAAUGACACGUUUUUCAUAUCCAAUGAGCUGAUGAGCUGGUCUGAGAGCAGGAAGUUCUGUAGAGAUCGAGGAGCUGAUCUGAUCAUUAUCAACACUGAAGAGAAGCAGACUGAAGUGAUCAGAGAGGAACAGAAACAUCAGAUUCAGGCACUUUCUGCUGUUUCUGCAUCAUCAAUACAAAGGUCAAGUUUGUCCUGUUUAAGUGUGUUUGAGUUUAUUUGA